AGCGACUUCACACUGGUGUAACUAUGAUUAUAACUGAAGACAUGUAAGAGAAACUGUGAAGUUAUGUAGCAUGAGAUUUUCUUCUAUCCUUUAUCAGUUAUAAUUCCGUCCAUUAAUUACAUAAAGGAUCGUAAAAUAUAAGAAAUGAGCCGCGGACCCAGAGAUUUACGUGACCUGAUUUGUGUUUCGCGACUUACAUUUCGAAAAAGUGAUGACGAAGUGUCCAGUGACGAUGAUAAAUUUAACGGUGACUGGAAUGAAAUCUCAGUGGGUAGCUCUGGGUCAUGUGACAGUCGCCAGGAUUUGGCAUCAGCAAAUCAAACAAAAGCUCAGUCCCCCGAUUCUGGAUGCAUAACAAAUGGUGGGUCGCCGUUAGAUUCUGGCAGUGUAAAAGACACAGAGUUAAAAUUAGACUUGUCAUCAUUGCAUAAAAAUAAGAAAAAAGCAAAAAAGAAGAAAAAGAAAGUAAUGGUUAUAGGCCCUGCUAAAAUUCCAUUUCCUAAGGCACCACCAUUACCGCCAGUGAAAUCUGGUUCAUCAGAGAGUGGCCUCCAAAGAGAAACAUUUUUGGUUCCAGCACCACCACCUGCUGAUUGUAAGCUCAAACAAACUGUGCACAUCGCUCGGUACGUUGGUUCCAAACCAGUGCAAUCAGAGUCUCAGAAAACAGGUAAAUUGAGGGAACCAAGUUCAAAACAUGAAGGGAAAGCAGAACAGAAAACAAGUACACUAAAAGAAUCAAAUGAAAAAACUGAAGAUAAAGCAGAUUUGUUUGAUGUGGAAUCUGAGCCUGUGCGAGCCAAAACUCCAGUUGUAACCACUUCAAGGGUAAAAGCUAGCGAUGCAGAAUCUGGAAAUUAUGAUGAGAUGUUGAGUUUUAUGGACGCUACUGUGGUAUCGAGCUGGUUAACUAAAGCUAACAAAAGUGUUUCCGAGAUUGCUUCCUAUAUAACUGCCGAUGAUCAUUUUGUGCAGUUCGCUCAUUUUUGGCUCUCAGAUUUCCCGGAUUCACAGAAACGUGAGAUCUUUGAGCUGGAGAUUGAGAUAUUAAGAGAGGAAAUAGGUUUUGCCUUCGCAGUGGGCAGAGAAGAGGGCAAAGUUUCUCAAAGAGACAUCUCAAACCUAAUUGGUGCUAUAUUUAGAGAAUAUCCGGUAAAACUCUUGAGUUCGCGAGGGACAUUCCUGUUCUUGGACUACUUGGACAUUGUCACUUCAGGGCGGACGGAAAAAUACAAGCAGCUCCUCUCUGACGUUAAAUGCUCAACUAAAAACAGGCAAUACGCUCAAUGGCUGCUUGCAACACGCUCGUUUGCCUUAGUCAGUAUUUGGUGCGCAAUAGUAAAUUUCUAUAGAAACCUACUCGGACGUCAUGGCAACUCAAAAUGCCGUGUGCCAGAGGUUCCGUCCAGCUACAGGACUGUGUAUGAGAGAAGGCUGUUCCAGGGUUUCCGGCGAGGGUUUGUGGAUGUUGUUCAUUACCUUCACAUCGGGAAAUAUGUUGAUCUCCACAUGGUGGACAGCCAUGAGAGGACACUGAUCUUCACUGCUGUGAUGCAUAAUCAGCCGAAAAUCCUGCAGUAUCUUGUCCUCAAGGUAAAACCGCCCAUUAACAUCAACCAUGUAUCUGACACCGGUAACACAGCAUUGCAUGCGGCAGUCAACAGUGGUAACACUCAGCUAGUCAGCAUCUUACUCAAGGGGCAUGCAAUCGACGUGAAUUGCCUCAACUCACAGUGCGAAAAUGCCACACCACUUCACCUUGCUGUCAUGCAUGGUCAAAAGGAGCUAGUGGAACUACUUUUGAAGGCGGGGGCUGACAAGUCACUCAGAAUGGGAGACCUGACUCCAGUCGACAUUGCCAGGGACUUUGAACACCCAAGCAUUUAUUCCUUGCUGGUGUAAAAUCCUACCUGUGUGGGCAGUCCUGUGGUGUAGCAGCCAUGUCAUUAGUUUGCUUGCAUCAGAGUAUGAUCUUUAAUGAGCCUGCUUUUGGACUUAAUGCAUGUGUGUAAAUAGAGAAUAUUAUGUGAGUUUUGGAUAAAGAUCAAGUUUAUCAUGCAUGGCAAACUCUCAUAAUAUUCUAUUUAUCCUAUUAUUUCCACUAUUAUUUCAAUUAAUAAUUAUCAAAUCUGGCAUUUUUUGAAGAUUUUUUAAUUGUUCUACCGUUGUUGACAAAAACAGAAUCUCCUAUUUUUGGAAAAACCCAAAUGUGAUUUAAAAAUAGCGAUAGUAUAGCACACUGCGCAUGCCUAUCUGGGAUGACACUUUACACACAUGUCCAUUUUUGUUUAAGAACAAGCCUCUUAAAUAUUUUGUGUAUCGAUAUCUGUGAAUCAUGUUAUGUCAGUGUGUGUGUGUGUGAGUAUAAGCAUGAUCUAGAAAAAGUUCAUUCUGAAAUUCAUAAUAGAAACUUAUGAACCUGAAAAGUGUGUGCACUUUUCUUAACCCUUUCAGCGCUGGAGCCGAAUUUUA